AUGUCCCUCAGUCCAGUCAAUAAGUCACAACCCAAAUCUUGCAAAGUUAAACCAAAUCGCAAGAAGACUGGCACAUUGAAAGCUUCGGUCAAUCAAGAAGCUUUGGUCAAGCUUGUCCCCAAGAAGGCUGGCCCACCACCACCCCAACCAAUCGUAUUGGUACCACCAACAUCUCAAUCGAUCGUCCCCAUUGCAUCGAUGAAGAAAACAAAGGCAACUACCUCUAUGAAGCCAUCAAAAGGUUCAUCGAGUAAACCUGGUUUAACAACACACAAGAAGAAGAAAGUUAAAUCACCUUCUCAACCUGUUUUAAAAGCAGCUGCUAAAGUACCACCAAAGUUGGUUAAAUCAAGUAAACCUUCCCGUUCCACCAAGAAGAUUGAUGAGGCAAUCACUUUGAAAGCUUCGGUCAAUCAAGCUUUGGCCAGUCCAAUCCCCAAGAUGGCUGGCCCACCAUCCCAAUCAACCGUUGUAUCAUCAUCGAAAGUAUCAAACGCAUCGAGUCCCAAGAAUACGGUUUCUCUGAAAUCACCAAGUCCACAAGGUUCAUUGGGUAAACCGGUGACUCAGCAGAAGAAGAAGAAAAAAACCAUCCGUCCUCCCCAACCAAAAGCUACAGUACCACCAGUCGAAGCUUUGGUUAAACUAGUUCCCUCCAAGAAUGAUGCUGUCUCCAUCGCAUUACCAAUCGAAGCCUUAUCACCUGAAGAGGCAUGGAUUUCCAAAUCACUCAAGAUGAUGGCUGACAAUGGAGCAUUUACCUCUUCUUUGGUUCCAUGUUCCCAUUCUGGUAAACUUGAAUGGGAUGAGUUCGUUGGAGAUAGAGUCCUAGAGCUAUAUAUCGCGUUGAUGAUGGCAAAGUUGGUAAAAGAUCCAUCAACCUAUAAAGUGAAGGACAGGGCUGAUGUUAUGGAGGCCAUCAUAUUCCAAUUAUACGCUAAUGGAGACAAAGAUCCGUCCUCAUUGGAUCUCCUACAAUUAAUAAUGAUAUAUAUUUUCAACAAAACAGUCGCCAAGCUUAAAAUCGACUUGCCUCCCAAAGCAACUGGUCCAUCCGAGGAGCCUGUCAGCUUAACUCGUCUAUUCAAGAAAAAAGAACAGGUCGCCAUCGCUGAAACCGAGCAGGUCAUCACUGAAACCAAAGUCAGUGUACCUGGUCCAUCCGAGAAAGAAGAACCUGUCAUCAUCGCUGAAACCAAACUCAGAGCACCCGUCUCAACCGAGCAGGUCAUCAUCACUGAAACCAAAGUCAGCGCAGCCGACUCAACCAAGCAGGUGAUCAUCGUAAUCAACGAAGAGUCUCACCAUCAAGAGUCAACAACCCCAACCGCCCCUAUAGUUGGAACUUUUUGGAAAAACAUUUCCAAUGUUUUCCAAGGAUUCCGAAAUUAUUUUGGCAUCAAAGUAGAAUCAAUUUAA